AUGGCAUUCCUGCGAUUCAGAAGGUACCGCGUGUAUAUCUUUGCCGCCGUCUUCUUCCUCUUUCUCGUAUUUCGCCUAUCGAGCAACUCUCAGUUAAACGCCCAUCAUACCACGAUCUACAAGGGCUACUCAGCUCCGCCCGAUGGCGAGUCAAGUGCGGGACGCGGCAGCAGCAGCAGCAGCAGUCAUGACAGUGCAAGCGGCAAUUUCGGCGCGGGCACCCCUGCUCAAGAUGCUCCUCCUUCCCUGGGGUCACCAGACGUGAGUGCUCCGAAAGUGCCCGCUGAAAAGGAACCCGAGAAGGUGGCUGCGUCCGCACCGCAGUCAAUGCACAUUCCUCAAUUGCACACGAGCCUCGAGAUCAAGGGCUCUUACGGCCUGCCUACGGGUCCUCGGUCGCAAAAACCGACCGCCCCACAACAAACGGACGCGGCAGCUUCCGCACCGAAGGAGGAUGGUGCUUUCGACUCCAACCGUGUUCACCAAGUGGAUCCCCCAGCUACCCAUCAGGAAACCGCUGUCCCGGUCGUCGCAGACGCCACUGCCAAGGCAAGGCCUAUUCUCUCAACAAGCGUCAUUCACUGGAUGAAGAUGGCCGAGCACUUCCCCAUCCCCGAAGAAUCUCUCAUUCUGCUUCCCACUGGCUCACCAAUGCCUAUCCCCAAGAUCCAGCACAAGUUUGCAGCUGAACCCGACGCCACCCGUGAGAUCCGUGAAUCACGCCUCGCUUCGGUGCGCGGCGAGAUGCAGCAUGCGUGGUCCGGCUACCGCACCUAUGCUUGGACCCACGACGAGCUUGCUCCCGUCAGCAAGGGUUUCCGCGAUCCAUUUUGCGGUUGGGCUGCGUCUCUCGUCGAUGCUCUGGACACACUGUGGAUCAUGGGAAUGCACGAUGAGUUUGACGAGGCAUACGAGGCCGUCAAGGAUAUUGAUUUCACCACCACUCCGUUCCGCAGCGAGAUCCCCGUCUUCGAGACCAUCAUCCGCUACCUAGGCGGUCUCAUUGCCGCGUACGACGUUUCGGGAGGUGAAAAGGGCAAAUACCCUGCUCUCCUGUCCAAGGCGGUGGAACUGGCCGAAAUCCUCAUGGGUGUCUUCGACACCCCCAACCGAAUGCCAAUUCUUUACUACCAUUGGAAGCCUGCCUUCUACUCCCAGCCCAAGACUGCGUCCAGCAGUGUCAGUGUGGCCGAGCUCGGUUCCAUGAGCAUGGAGUUCACACGCCUGGCCCAACUGACUGGCCACAGCAAGUACUAUGACGCCAUUGCCCGCAUCACCGACGCCUUUGAAGAUUGGCAAAACCGCGUCAACGGAACCGCCAUAGCCGGUAUCUUCCCUGAGCAUGUUGAUGCAUCCGGUUGCAACAGGACAGCUGCCGCUAUACAGGAGGCAGAGAAUGCAAGCAAACUAGCAAAGGCCCAGGUGGCUGCUGCCAACGAUAUUGAGACCGAACCGGUAGGCUACAAACCAAGCCAACCGAAUUCUGAUCCUAUGGUGGCCCAGGACAAGGUGGCGAUUGCAAAGACGAUGCCUCCGGAUCUUGAAUUCCGCGUCAACUCAGCCACGAAGCCAGGUGAGCCGGCGACCGGCGAGUUUCGCAAGGUCGACGACGUCGCCUCCGCAUCAGUUGGUAAACGUGACGUGGGCGACGCGGUGUCCAAGGGGGCCGCCCCCAACGACGCUACGGCACGAGUCGCUGUCGCGCCUGACGAGGGCAAAACGCCACCCGGUUCCAAAAUAAUGGCUGGUUCCGACGUGCAGCAUGCCAAUAAACCGGUGUCGGCCCCUAUCGCUGCAAAUGGCAAGGUCGCCAAAUUCGAUUGCAUCCCACAAAACCUGACGGCUGGAGGUUAUGGCAUGCAAACAUACAGCAUGGGUGGAAGCCAAGAUUCCACCUACGAGUACUUUCCAAAGCAAUACAUUUUACUCGGUGGCCUCGUUCCCAAAUACCAGGCCAUGCACGAAAAGGUGGUCGAUGCAGUCAAGAAAUAUCUGCUUUACCGUCCGUUAAUAAAGGACGACCGGGACAUCCUGUUCUCGGCAAAGGUGUCUAGUCGGGACGGCACAGACAAAGACAUGACCUACAACUACGAAAUCACACAUUUGACCUGCUUCCUCGGAGGCAUGUUUGCCAUGGGCGGCCGUAUCUUCAACCGGCCGGAGGAUGUCAAGAUUGGCGGCAAGCUGGCCGACGGCUGCGCCUGGGCAUAUGAAGCGAUGCCUAUGGGAAUCAUGCCCGAAGGCUCGAUCAUAACUCCGUGCGCAAACAUGACGAACUGCUCGUGGAACCAAAGUACCUGGUACGAAAAGCUUGACCCCAACAUUGCCUGGCGAACCAAGCAGAUGCUCGAUUACGAAGAGCGUAUGAAAACGUGGGCCAAAGAGAGCGACGAGAUCAAGGAGUUGCAACGAGCGCGCGCCGAGGAGCUUGAGCGUGAGCGACAGGCUACUCUGGAAGAAGCGUUGGCCAACGAACCGUCAUCGCCGGCGGAUGCAGUAGGACUUGCGCCCGGCCCCGAAACACCUGUUGGCACCGCCAACAUUGGCAAGCGCGCAGUUGGCGGGGCCGACAAGACACCGGUUACGGCGGCAGAUGCAGUGGCCAUCAACGAAAAGGAAAAGGUACUUCAGGGUGAUCUAGACCUUAACGCUGAUGCUGCCGCCGUGCCAAAGGCGGCAGCCCCUGCCAAAAAACCGCUUCCCGAACUAGUCAUCCCGCCCAUGCCUGUACGCCCUGAAACACACGAGGAGUUCGUUCAGAAUCGCAUUGAGCGUGACAAUCUCGUCCCUGGCUUUAUCAGCAUGAACGACAGGCGAUACAUUCUUCGGCCCGAGGCAAUCGAGUCGGUGUGGUACAUGUACCGCAUUACGGGCGACUCGUCGUGGCAGGAGAAGGGCUGGCGCAUGUUCCAAGCUGUGAUUCACGCCACGCGGACGGAGUACGGUCACAGCGCCAUCGCCGACGUCUUAAGAGAUCCCAAGGACGAACCGGUUCAGGUCGACAAUAUGGAGAGUUUCUGGUUCGCCGAGACGCUCAAGUACUUUUAUCUGUUGUUCACCACGCCCGAUGUCAUCAGCCUGGACGAUUACGUCCUGAACACCGAGGCGCACCCUUUCAAGCGACCGACAUAA